AAGGGACAGAACGUCCGCUCUAUUAUUUUCUCUCCAUUCCUACACCUCCACGUCGUGAAUUCUUGACUCUCUUAAACCCUUGAGAAGCGCAGGCUAUGACAGGCUGUUCCUGAACCUAGUCACCAACGAUAUGCUCCAUCAAUAAGCUCCCUGGUUUCGUUUGGACACGGCGUCCCCACCAAUAACGUUAAGCUUUGGCCUGGAACAACUCCUCGCCACGAUCACGAAUUGCCCUUGGGCGUUUCCAAAACCCAAGCGCUGUCUGGAGACCUCUACCACGCACGCAUCUUCUUUUCUUCCUCGUCUGCCACAGCCAUCAAAACGCCCAACGAUUUGACUGGCGUCCUUCACUAUGGCGGCCGGCAGCGCUCGCUAUGUGCGCUACAUCCUAAUUGCCUUUUUCGUAUUGGCAGUUUUCUACUUUAUAUCGGAUUCUAGCAAUGCGAUUUCCCAAAAUAUUCCAAUCCCCCAUGGCAACAAGGGCACCGAUGACCACGCCCACAAGGAUGCCGUUUUAAACAACCAGCCCAACAGCCAUGAUGCUGCUGGUGAUACCCACAACACCAAGAACAAGCCCGCGAUCCCCAAGGUUGGCGCUAACAUCGAUCCCGCCGAGUACCCGCUGGCCAUGACCCCAAAUGACCCCGGAUUUCACGAUCUGUCCGGCAUCAAGGGAGGACCCCGCGUUAACGCAACCUUCGUUACCCUGGCACGCAACUCUGACGUCUGGGAGAUCGCCAAGUCCAUUCGUCAAGUUGAGGACCGUUUCAACCGGAGAUACAACUACGACUGGGUGUUCCUGAAUGACCAGCCCUUCGACGACACUUUCAAGAAGGUCACAACAUCCCUUUGCUCGGGCAAGACGCACUAUGGUCUCAUUGGCGAGGAACACUGGGGUUUCCCUGAUUUCAUCGACCAGGAGAAAGCCAAGAAGGUUCGCGAGGAUAUGAAAGAGCGCAAGAUCAUUUACGGCGACAGCGUCAGCUACCGCCACAUGUGCCGCUUCGAGUCUGGCUUCUUCUUCCGCCAGCCUCUGAUGAUGAACUACGAAUACUACUGGCGUGUCGAGCCCUCGGUCGAGCUGUUCUGCGACAUUCACUACGAUCCCUUCCGCUUCAUGCACGAGAAUGGAAAGAAGUACAGUUUCGUGCUCAGCUUGUACGAGUACAUUGAGACCAUCCCCACCCUGUGGGACAGUGUCACCAAGUUUAUGAAGAACCACCCCGAGCACAUUGCUGAGGACAACUCUAUGGGUUUUCUGAGUGAUGACGGUGGCAAGACGUACAACAAGUGCCACUUCUGGUCCAACUUUGAGAUUGGUAGCUUGAGCUGGCUCCGCUCCAAGGCCUACAUUGACUACUUUGAGUCCCUCGACAGGGAUGGCGGUUUCUUCUAUGAGCGCUGGGGUGAUGCCCCUGUGCACUCGAUUGCUGCGGCCCUCAUGCUUCCUAAGGACCAGAUUCACUUCUUCAACGACAUUGCCUACUACCACGUGCCCUUCACCCACUGCCCAACGGGUGAGAAGCUCCGCACGGACCUCAAGUGCCACUGCGACCCCAAGAACAACUUUGACUGGAAGGGGUAUUCUUGCACAUCAAGAUACUUUGAGGUCAACGGUCUAGAGAAGCCCGAGGGCUGGCAAGACCAAACUGACUAAAUUGUUUAGUGAUGACCAGUACAGAAUUGCUGAGCUGUUUGGAGAAACAGGGAUAUUGAUAUAGAGUUGUACCAAAUUCUAUCAAGUUCAUGACUGUGUUUCGUUUUUUUUAUCUGUCUUUGUCUUACCGAAACAUACAACCAUCAUCAACUCAUGGUUGACAAACGUACUGGGUCGAUUCUUUUUGCGGGAACUAAGGGACGGCCUCGAAAUCACACCACAACGGAAGAACAACCGAGGGAUAUGCUAGGCAAGCAAGCGAUGUUUCAGUCAUGUUGGAAAUAAGGAGGGUGGAAGGGAAGGCGGAUUUCGUCAGUAUGGAAGGUGAGG